AUGUUGAAGUUGAACAAGUGUGGUAGAACUUUUCACAUAAGAAACAAGUCAUGCAUACUGCGAUCUCGCAUUGUCACAAAUACGACUCGAUUCGCCUCCACGGCGACAUCAUCACCACCUCAUCCAGUAUCAUCGAGGUCUCUUCCGAGUACUCCAUUCCCGUCGGUAGCGUAUCCUAAUCCGUUCUCUCAUCCUGAGUUAUUUGAUUCUACGUUGUUACUCGACAAGUUCGAUAAAUCCGAUCUGACACCGAAGGAAAAGAAAUCGCCUAAUAAAUCUGAAAAAGUACCAACAGAUUCAGACAAAAAGGAUCGAGAAAAGAAGGAUAUAGAUAAAAAGGAUGAGAAGAAAGAUGAAAAGAAGGAUAUCACGGAUAAGUCAGCGGAGAUCAAGGAGAGCAUAGAUCCAAACUCACCGGUCUCUUCAAGUGGUAGUGGCAUCUCAAGCAUUAACGAUGGGGGCAACAACAGCAUUGACAAUAAUAAUGGUGAUGGUGGUGAUAACGGCUCAAAAGGAGACAAGCCAUUAGUGAAUACUAAAACAGGGUUGUACACACCAUUUCUAGCCAUACCGAUGAAGGAUCGUCCAUGCUUGCCUGGUAGAUAUUGUACAAUCACAGUCACUGAUCCUGAAGUGAUUAGAUGUUUACAAGAAGUCGUGGAAACGAAGGAACCUUACUUUGUCCUUUUCCAUGUACGCGAUCCAAACGACCCUGACGCCCAUAUUGAUGUUAUCAAGAAUAAAGAAUUUGUUCAUGAAAUAGGUACUUUGUGUCAAAUUGCAAAAGUCACACCAUUGGACUCAACUCAUGUGCAUAUAUUAGCGUAUCCUCAUAGAAGAGUAAAGUUGGUUGAUUUGAGUACGCCAAAAGUAAAGAGUGAAAAUAUUGAGCAACAACAUGACAAUUUCCCAACGGCGUACCUCAAAAAGUAUGGAAUUUCGUAUGCUGCGGUUCAACCAGUUGAAGAUGUACCAUUUGAGAAAAAUGACGUUGAGAUACAGGCCUUGGUUGAAAGUAUUAAAAGUUUGUGUGCUGGAUUCUCACCGAACCCAUUAGCAGCUGAAAGCGGUAGAAAGGUGCUUAACAACCCGUCGAUGCUUGCCGAUUAUGUUGGUGGGUCUGUAUGUGGUGAUGCCAAACAAAUACAAGAGAUAAUGGAUAGUUUGGAUGUGCAGAAAAGAUUGGAAAAGACUCUUGAGUUGCUAAAGGUUGAAGUAGAUGCUGAUGAGAUUAAACGCAAAGCGCACAUAAAUAUGAGGGAAAGAACUGAGAAACAGUACGCUCAAAUGUUGAUCAAGGAAUAUACUAAAGAAUUACUCAAGGCGGCUGGGAUAGGUGAGAACUCAAAAGCAGCCAAAUUCGAUGAACGAAUUAAGCACUUGAAAAUGCCAGAGGAGGCCCUAGAAGCUUACAAAACAGAAAGAGCAAGGUUAGGAACUCAAAGCGAUAUGGAACUGAACGUUAUUGAAAGAUAUCUUGACUGGCUUACAUCAAUACCCUUUGGUAUCUACUCGAAGGACUCUUUCAAUGUGAAAAAGGCUAGAAAAAUUUUGGAUAGAGACCAUUAUGGUUUGAAGGAUGUGAAAGAUAGAAUCCUAGAGUUUAUUUCCGUGGGUAAAGUUUCUGGUAACGUCAAUGGUAAGAUAUUGUGUUUAGCGGGACCUCCAGGUACCGGUAAGACCUCAAUUGCUAAAUCCAUUGCUGAGUCCUUGAAUAGAAAAUACACUAGGAUUGCUGUUGGUGGUGUUCAAGAUGUUCACGAUGUUAAGGGUCACAGAAGGACUUAUGUUGCAUCUAUUCCGGGUAGAAUAAUUUCUGCUUUAGCUCAGGCGAAGACCUCCAACCCGUUGAUGUUGAUUGAUGAAAUUGAUAAAUUGGAUACGACUUCACAUGGAGGUGCCGCUAGAGCAUUUUUGGAGAUUCUAGACCCCGAACAAAACAAUUCAUUUGUUGAUAACUUCAUUGAGGUUAAGGUUGAUUUGUCGAAAGUGUUAUUUGUUUGUACGGCAAACUACUUGGGUAAUAUUCCCGCACCUUUGCGCGAUCGUAUGGAAAUAAUUGAAGUAAAUGGUUACACUAAGCAUGAAAAGAUUGAAAUUGCAACUAGACAUUUGAUUCCUGAUGCUUGCAAAAAAGUGGGAUUGGAAGAGGGACAUGUGAUCAUUCCUAGAGAAACAAUUUCGAGAUUGAUCGAUAAGUAUUGUCGUGAAAGUGGUUUGAGACACGUGAAAUCUUUGAUUAAUAGGAUUUUCAGUAAGGCCUCGAUGAAGAUUGUUGAGCAAGUGGAGGAGAACCAACCUGAGGUGGAUGAGUCUGAAGAAAUUGUCACAAAUGCAACUGAGUCGGUUUCAGAAAAGAAUGCUGAUUCAACUGCUACUAAGGGUCCCCAUUCUGAAGAAAUAGUUACUUCUGAAGGUAAGCUAGAACAAGUUGUAGCUACCACGGGCACCCCUGAAGCCCAUGAUGCAAACAACCCAGAAGAGAAGCCGAAGGAGCAGAAAGCCAAUGAAGAAGAAGCAAAAGAAGAGAUUGUUAAAUUGGCUUUGCCAGAAGGAAUCAAGAUAGAAGUCACCCCUGAAAAUUUGAAGGAUUUUAUUGGACCGGAAAUUUACACCAAGGAUAGAAUUUAUGAACAAUUGAAACCUGGUGUGGCAACUGGAUUAGCCUACAACACUUCAGGUGAUGGUGAUGCACUUUAUAUUGAAUCUAUUUUGACCGAUUCAAUCGCCUCCGAUGUUGGAAGUGGUGGUUUGCAUGUCACUGGUUCUUUGAAAGACGUCAUGAAGGAAUCGGCAUCAAUUGCUUAUUCAUUCGCAAAGCAAUUCAUGGUUAACAAGUAUCCAGAAAAUAAGUUUUUUGAAGCAGCAAAUAUUCAUGUACAUUGUCCUGGUGGUGCCAUUCCUAAGGACGGUCCAUCAGCUGGUAUUGCAUUCACUUCAUCAUUGAUUUCCUUAGCCUUGAAUAAAGCAUUACCUAACGAUACUGCAAUGACUGGUGAGAUUACCUUGACUGGAAGGGUAUUAGCUAUUGGUGGAUUAAGAGAAAAAACCUUGGGUGCAAAGAGAGCUGGAUAUACAAAGAUCAUUUUCCCUAAGGAUUGUGAGUAUCAGUUGGAGGAAAUUCCUGAUGAAGUUAAAGAGGGUGUUACUUAUAUCCCUGUUGAAUGGUAUGGAGAAGUUUUUGAACACUUGUUCAAUGUCAGCAAGGAAGAAGGUAACGCUAUUUGGAAAGAAGAGUUUGCCAAGAGGGAACAGAAAAAGAAGGAAAAGAAACAGUGA